AUAAAGACUCGUGAUUUUCGAGAUGCCACAUCUUAAAGCUGGAGAACUUUAAGGUAAAACAUAUCUAGGCUAUAGCAUUAGAAGACCAUCAAAAGACAGAACAAUGAAAAAGAAUACACUGUCUCUGCUGCUAGUACUGAUGCUCCUCAGCAUCGUAUUCAUCGACGAAGGAGAUGCCUGGUUUUUUAGAAGGAGGAGGAGAAGAAAUUCGCCGCCGCCGCCGCCUCCACGGCCGGUUUGUCAGACACUGUGUGAGUUUCAAUGCAACAACCGAUGCAGACCAUACUGUUGUUCCAGGUGUUAUCCAAAAUGUAGCCGUAAACGUUCUGAUCAGAAAGAAGUUAUCGUACCUUUGCCAUGUGAAUUUUCUUCAUGGGACACAAACGGAGACGGAUCGGUAAACAAGACCGAAUUUUCUCUAACGGCAAAUGCACGUCCACACAGUACCGAUGUUGACUAUGUCUACAAUAUUGCAGAUGUUAACGGAGACAAAGUCCUCUCAAAGGAAGAAUUGCGGAAGGCACCGGUAAUUUUCGCAUGUUAACAGUAAAUGUGUGCAAACAACAUCAUUAAAAGAUUCAAAAUUUAAAAAA